AUGGACAAUUUGCAGAAAGACGCCAAUUUCUCUUCUGUGCCAUCGGCGCCGCCGCCGCCGGCCUCGUUUUCUUCCAAUUUGAACCACCCCCGAAUGGCGGCGGCGGCGGCCAAUCCUCCCCCACCCCACUCUCCAGUGGCGUGGUCCACCGGCCUCUGCGACUGUUGCAACGACAUUAGUAUCUGCUGCUUGACUUGUUGGUGCCCCUGCAUCAGCUUCGGGCGCAUAGCAGAGAUAUUGGACCGAGGAUCACCAUCGUGUGGGGUUAGCGGCACACUUUAUUUGGUGAUACUGAGCCUGUCGGGUUGGUCGUGCCUCUACACUUGCCUUUAUCGCUCAAAAUUGAGGGGACAAUUCUCGUUGGAGGAGACCCCUUGCUCUGAUUGCUGCGUCCAUUGCUUCUGCCAACAAUGUGCCUUGUGCCAAGAGUACAGGCACCUUCAACACCAUGGCUUCCACAUGUCGUACGGGUGGCAUGGGAACGUGGAGAGGCAGAGACGGAUUGCUGCUGCUCAAGCAUUGUUGCCGCCGCCCAAUGUGCAGGGAAUGACCCGUUGA